UGGGGCUACAGGCGUACACCACCACACAUGGCUAAUUUUUUAUUUUUCUUUUGUUGUAGAGAUGGGCUGUCAUUCUGUUGCCCAGGCUGGUCUUGGUAUACUGUCCUGUAGCAAUAUAUGUUGGCUACCUGUACUGGCAUUGGCUUUUCCAAGUGUCAAGAUUACAGGUGUGAGCUAGUAUACCCUGCCCAGUGUUUCUUUCUUAUUUGGCUUUGGUGUGAAUGAGAAAAGAAUUUAGUACUAAAAUUUUAUGUGCAUACAAAAGCAUUAUUUGAAGUCAGCCUGUUUUCCCUCAACCUCUAGUACUCUGUAAAGUAUACCAAAAGUCAAGGUUUUAAAGAACUGUGUUACAUAUUAGAGAGAACAAAUCAAAAGCUACUUAUCUCCAUCAUUACCAGUAGAACAUUAGUAUGUAUUUUGAAGCACCAUUUGACUCUUUCUAUUUCAGCUACUUGCUUGUCCCUUGCAAAGUUAUUAUAGUACUCUUUUAAAACUUUUCUUCAAGGGAAGAGCUAUUUUGACUUCCUUUUCUUUGAUCUAAACGUAACACCCAGAAUAUGCUUAGCAGAUCAUCCCAAAACAAAUAUAACCUGUUUAAAUUGUUCAUAGCAAAAGUUACAUAUUAUAAAGAGUUAUGAGCAUCUUAGGCAGUGAAUAGUAACUGAAUAUCCUCUUAUAGUUGUCCUUCGCUAGCAGGAAGCCUUAUUCCCUGCCCUUUUACAUAUCUUAACUUAGAAUGUUACUGUCUAAAUAGUGGUUAGGCAAGAGUAGUUCUUAAACUUGCAGUAAUUAUCUUGCACUACAUUUAAGGGCUAAAUAGCUAGUAGUGGUGCUUGAUAAUUGAAGAAAUUUGUACGGCUGGAGGAAGUACCUGCUAAAUUUUCAAAAGUUUCCUGAAUUUAAUAGGAAACGAAGUUUUAUUAUUGAUGCAAGCCCUAAACACUCUUUCAACUCCAGAGGAGAAGCUGGCAGCUCUCUGUAAGAAAUAUGCUGAUCUUCUGGAGGAAAGCAGGAAUGUUCAGAGGCAAAUGAAGAUUCUGCAGAAUAAGCAAGCUCAGAUUGUCAAAGAGAAAGCUCACUUGCAGAGUGAACACAGCAAGACUAUCUUGGCAAGAAGCAAGCUAGAGUCUUUUUGCAGGGAACUUCAGCAUCAAAAUAAGACAUUAAAGGAAGAACAUAUGCAGCAGAAAAAAGAGGAGGAAGAAGUUCUUAAAGAAGUAACUGCACAUUUCCAAAUUACUUUAACUGAAAUUCAAGCCCAGCUGGAACAGCAUGAAAUACACAAUGCCAAACUGCAGCAGGAGAACGUAGAAAUGGGAGAAAAGCUAAAGAAGCUCACUGACCAAUAUGCACUGAGGCAAGAGCAAAUUAAUAAAGCGUUCAAACAUAAGGAAUUACGACAACAGCUUGUAGAUGCCAGACUUCAACAAACAGCACAGCUGAUAAAAGAAGCUGAUGAAAGACAUCAGAGAGGGAGAGAGUUUUUAUUAAAAGAAGCAACAGAAUCAAGGCACAAAUAUGAAGAAAUGAAACAAGAAGAAGCACAACUGAAAGAGCAGCUUUUCCUUUAUAUGGAUAAGUUUGAAGAAUUCCAGACUACCAUGGCAAAAACCAAUGAACUUUUUACAGCCUUCAAGCAGGAAACGGAAAAGCUGAGAAAGAAAAUUAAAAAACUGGAAAAAGAAAUGGUAAUAUGGUGUACCAAAUGGGAAAAUAAUAAUGCAACACUUCUGCAAAUGGCUGAAGAGAAAACUAUUCGUGAUAAAAAUUAUAAGGUCUUUCAAAUAAAAUUGGAGCGGUUAGAGAAGCUGUACAAGGCUCUUCAAAUAGAAAGGAAUGAACUCAGUGAGAAACUGGGAGUUCUGAAAGGGCAGGUCUCUGUGAAAGUAGCAGAUGUAGAUUUAGCAGUGCCUGUGAUGCAUUCCUGUGCUGACCUGGAUUCUUCCAAUAUGCUGAACACUUCCUCUAAAAGAGCCCCAGGAGUCCAUCUGGAGGCUGACCCCAAAGGAAUGAAUGAAGCAAAAUGCUACUCAAAAGCCCUCUCCACAGGAUCUCCUCUAGGCAUUGAUUAAGAUGAAGUGUGAUCAUUGUACUGAUGGAUAUAUUUUGUGUACAUGUUUCUCUUUUAGUUGUAACUAUUGAUUUUGUAAUAAAAAUUUCCUCUACUUUUUCUACCAUAUCUCUAUUUUUUUAGAACUACUCAACUGUGUGGUAACAGAAAGCUUCUUACCAAUUUCCCCAACUAUGUUGCACAUCAGCCUCAUUUUCCCCCUUUAUUGGAAUGCAUGUUUUCAUUGCCUUCUCCUUUCAAAGUGUACGUUUGUGUGUUCAUUACCUUAAAUUAUCUUAAUUUGAGACUUUUUUUAUAAUGGUUUCAUAAUGUGAAAUCAAAUACUAAUUUAAACUCUGGAGCCCAUAAUAUCUACAUAAAAGAAAAUAUAAAGUGACUAAUAUUGUCAAGUCAUUUAAAUGAUAAGUAAAACUCCAAUGGAUUAAGAAACAAGCAUGGCAUAUUUGAUUCAGAUCAGUUUUUUGACAAUAUUUGUAUGACUUUCCAAAUUGAUGUGACUGUAAACUUUGAAUUCCUCAAAAUUGACAGAAUAUAUAUAUAUGUACACACACACACAGAGAUCAUUUAAAUGUAAAUGAUGUUAAGAAAAACCAAAACAGUAGCAUAUGCAGGCAAGUCAUUGGACCAAUAGGCUUAAUAUUUAUGAAACUGACAAUUGUUAUGCUUUAGUUUCAGGUUACAAUUAUGUUUAAAGAAAAAAAAAUCAGUAUCUAGAUCUCUGCACUUGGCAUGGAAAAUUUUGAACUAUUUAUUCCUUAAUUUUCUUUUAUUUCAGUUUCUCAUAGAGCUAAAUGGUUUUACAUAUAUUCUCUUGUCAGAUUUGUGGUCUAAUAGAGGUAGAAAAUGGAAAUUUUCCCAGUACUUAGAAAUAUGGUACUUAGGAAGAAGUCUAGGAUGUGAAUUACAUAUACACUUCCCCUAGUGACUAUGAUAAUCAAGGGGGCAGAUAGCAGAGGAAAAUAAGUUAACAUGAAAUUUGACAAAUUUUAUUACUUUGCCAAAAUUAGCAAAACAAAAAUACUUACCUUCCCCUGCUCACCCCCCAACUUUUUAUAAAUAUUCAAUUCAGCUACAAAACAAAAUACUGGACCCACUUCUCUCAGAAGAGAUGAAGAUACCUUAUAUGCCCUAAAGUUAAUACCAGCAGUCAUAUUUUAUCAGAUGUAAAGCUGGAUGUAAGCUCUUAAUGUUAUACUAAGGCAGUUUCUUAGGCUGUGACACUUCUUUGUGGUACUUAUUUUGUGUGAAAGGUAAAUUUUGGGGAGAAAGCAAUGUGAAAAACAACUUGUUCUGUUGUUUUUGGCAUACUGUUUAUGUUAGAUACACUGUGUUACAAUACAGUAUAACGAAGAUCUGCAUUGUAUUUUGGAAUUUGGUUCCCUUUCAGAAUUGCUCCUCUGGCUAGCAGUGGAAACAAAACCCAAAGGAACCCUUUGCAGAAGAUUCCCUUGUAAAUGGCCCAGUGGCACGCCCAGUAUCUGCAAUGUUCUAGAAUAGAAGUUGGCAAACCUCUCUGUUUGCCAAGCCUGCAGAGUUGAACAUGUCCAUAAAUGUAUACAAUCUGACCCUGUUUUUUGGCCCUGUUUCUGGACACUGUAGCUGACCAAGAAAAUGUUUAAAUGUUGACAUCAAUUAAAUUUUUUUGUUGUAUCAUU